AUUCGGGAAAAGCUCGUCACCUUGUCACCUUGUCACCUUGUCUCCUUGUCUCCUUGUCUCCUUGUCUCCUCAGGUGAGGAACCUGUUAAUGUCCAGACAGAGUCCGAAGUCCGGUCGUCACGGCAGCAAGAGGAUCAAAUCAAGCAGCAGUGAAGAGCGGGACUGUUCGGGUCUGGACGAGGACACGCUGUCCCGGCUUGUGGAGGUGCUGAGUGUCGGAGACAUUCCCUGGAGGAGACUGGCAGAGAAGCUGGGGAUGAUGACGCUGACGCACCUGUACCAGGACAGUGCGACACCGUGCCACCACCUGCUGCAGCACUACAAGUUGGGGGGGGGUCCGCUCGACGGCCUCGUCGACGCUCUUCAGUCGCUCGGUUUGUCUGACGGAGUCCAACUGCUGAGAAGCUCUGAGCAGAGAGAGGACAAACACAACACAGAUGCCACCGUCGACAGCGGCUUCGGCAGCCAGCCAAUGGAAGAGGAGGAGCCGCCUGUAGCCAAUCAGUGACGGGCAAGAAAGGAAAUCAGACAUUGGGCAGCAUGUGGUCCUGGUCUUGGCCCUGGGUUUUAAUCUUGGUCUUGUUUUUAGUCUGGUCCUGGUCUGGUCCUGGUCUGGUCCUGGUCCUGGUCCUGGUCUGGUCCUGGUCUGGUCCUGGUCUGUGCGCAGGUGGACUUCACUGUGCAGACUGUCCAGCUGAGACUGUGGCUGUUUGGUUUCACAGACUCUGUUGUUUCACUUGCAGAGGAAACGACCAUCGUUCAAAAAGACAAAAUAAAAAUAAUCAACAGGAUUUUUAUAAGUUACUGAAAAAUAGAGACUAAAAUAAUUCAAGCCAUUUUAAAUAAAAAUACUAAUUCAUCAUGAAGAUGAAUCACAGGAAGAAACGUGUUUUAUUUCUUAACAUUUGUCUUUUUUUUCAGCUACUUUACAUUUUUCAUUAAUUUAUUUUUUGUUUUUAUUUGAGUUGUUUCAGCUUAUUUCCGUUUUAUGACUUUUUUUUAUGACAGACAUCGACUGCAGAGAUUUGAUUCUUCAGGAGAAAUCUGUGCUGUGUUUACAUUGUGUGUGUGUGUGUGUGUGUGUGUGUGUGUGUGUGUGUGUGUGUGUGUAAUACCUGAAGAAGUGAUCUGCUUCUUCACCUCUGUCAAAACUGGAAUUUCCUCUUCUCUGUGAGCUCCUGAACGCAGCACAGAUGUUUUAUAUCUUAUUUCUGUCAAAAUAAAAAAGAACAUGUGAUGAAUAAACACGUUUCUAAGG